CUUUUCUCCGGUUUGCUCUCUGGCUCACUGGCGGUGUGACACUGCCUGCUGUUUGUAAGGCGAUUUGGAGGGAGAGAAAUCUGUCAUUAUGUUCUAGCUGCAAGAGGAAGUCACCAGCUCUGGGCUCUUGGAAACUUUUUAUGUAUACUUACCUAGUACUGAGAAGACCAUGGAUUGGAUGUUCCACUAGAAGUGCAUUCAACAGUGCUGGAUGGUUGCAAUUAGGAGAAACACUGCAGAGUUUUGAUGGAGUGCUGAAUCUGUGAAAUCAGAUCUGAACUUCAGAAACUUAAUGGAAAAAAAUACUUUUUUACUAGAUCUUUAUUUAAGUUUAUUAUAUGCCAAAGAACACAUGAUCAGAAGCUAUCAGAGGCUGGAGGAGCAGAUCUGAACAGAGUAAAAGGCAAAGUUUAAUCCAACCAGACUAGUAUAUCAUGAACAUACUCUGAGGGCAUCUGUUUAUGAUCAGGUGUGAAAACUAAAAACAAACUCAGGAUGGAUGCAAAAAGAAAAGAGAUGGACCUUUUGAGCAACAGUAUUGCUGCCUAUGCUCACAUAAAAGAUAAUCCUGAGAAGUUCGGCCUCUACUUUGUUAUUGGCGUGUGUUUUGGCCUGGUCCUUACCCUUUGUCUGCUAGUAAUACGAAUUUCCUGCAAGCCUCGGACUACGCCCGCUCCACCCACUCCAGAGAGAAAACAGCUGAAAGACUUUUGUGAUGAUGAUGAAGAUGAGGAUAGUGAUGAAGACGAGGAUGAGGAGGAGGAAAAUGAAGCCAAAAUAGGAGACGUGGAGGCUACUAUUACCAACUGCAGCACAGAGAUUCCCAUGGUCAAUCAUCACAGUACAUUGGAUGGAAAUGUGAAUGUGUUUACCUCAGCAGAGGAGCUGGAACGUGCCCAGCGCCUGGAGGAAAGAGAGAGGAUCAUCAGGGAGAUCUGGAGAAAUGGUCAACCAGACAUCCUGGGCACAGGAACCAGCACCAUUGGAAGGGUGCAUUACUAUUAAUGCUCAUUAGAUUUGAAUGUGGUGCCAGCACAAGACUUUUAAAGAAACUCUUAGACACAUGUAUUUAGAGUGUCCAAGCCCACAUGUCGAACUGUAGCAAGCAUACUUACUGCACAACAGCAUACUACGGUGCUAUGUUUUACAAUGAAACAGAUUCAAUUCAAUUCUUUUUUAUUUGCAUUGCGCUUUUAACAAUGAUCAUUGUCUCAAAGCAGCUUUACACAGAUAAUGUGGUGAUAAAAAUGAAUAAGAUGUCCUUUAUGUGUAAGUUUGUCCUUGAUGAGCAAGCUGGUGGUCCCUGUGGCAAGGAAAAACUCCCUGUGAUGGAUUUUGGAAGAAACCUUGAGAGGAACCUGACUCAAGAGGGAACCCAUCCUCAUCUGGGAUGACGAGUAUAACAUCUUAGAGAAACAGCUGUUUGUAAAUGGUUCACACUCCCCCUAAAAUUUUUUCAGGGUUGAGAAUAAAUUUGUGUACAGUGAUUUUAUUGUGAGUUUUAGUGGGUAGCUGUUUGUACUAUUCGACUAUACUCUUUUUCAGAUGUAUUUUUUUUAAUUGACACUUUCUGCCUUACGUUUUUUGUAAAUAGUGUUGUUAGUAUUAUAUUACAUCAGUAAAUUCUAAUAUCACAACACAUACAUUUAUACUGACAUCAGAGCCCUAUCAUUGCCAUUUUUUCUUAUUGUUUAACAUAUAUCCUUAUUUUGUUUAACUAAGCUUAAGCUUUUGGGUUUGUCAAGUAGUUUAUCAAAGACCAAAUCUUCUAUCAUGGGUUUGCCUUUUAUUACAUCAAAAAGCACACUGCUUAAUUUAACAUGGGCCAAAUAAAAAUGGUGCUCUCAUUCUGACAGUCCAAUAAACAUUCUUACAUUUUUAA